GAACUCUGAGCUGUGUGCAUCCGAUUGAGCUUCCGUCCCUCGGCUUGCCAGCGCACAUAAGACAGAUGCCACGGCAGCCAUUGCCCCUGUCACCUUGCGUCGGUAGUUUCGAGGGAGCUUUCCAGACGAUGCACCACCUUAGCUCAGCGCGAAUGGCGUGGCAGGCACGGCCCUUAUACUACUAUCGCUGUACCUGCAUCUCGACCUGGCGUUCUUUUCCAUCGUUGUUGCGAGAGUCGAGAGUCGAGAGUCUCAUUCCCUGCCCAGUUCUCAUUUCGAGAGUAUCUACUACUACUAGUAGUAAUUCAAGGCGAUUUCUUCCGCUGCCCAUACAGAUCUGUCCUUCGUUACUUCUGAGUCGACGCAAAAGUCUCAUUUCCUGCACAGAUCUCAUUUCGAGGGUUUCUAAUUCAAGGCGGAUUUUCCGCUGCUCAUACAGACCUGUCAGUCGUUGCGGAACCACCACUUUGCCGGACUCUACUGCUUCCUCUUGUGUAGUUCGAAACCAUGGCUGCAGAAGCAGCGAACGCCGGCGCUGAAGUCAAUGAUGCUACGGGUGGCAGUAACGGCGUGGAGCACAAGGAGGAGUGGGUCACCAACUCGCGCGGAAUGAAGUUAAUGUCCGCGUCGUGGGUGCCGGCCAACCGACCGCUGAAAGCGCUCAUCCUCCUCCUCCACGGAUAUGGCUUCGACUGCACCACCUACUUCCAAGCCACAGCAGAGCGCCUGGCGUCGGAGGGUUAUGGCGUGUAUGGCAUCGACUUCGAGGGGCACGGCAGGUCCGAGGGUCUCAGCGUGUUCAUCCCUGAUUUCAACACACUCGUGGAUGACAGCCUGGCGUCCGAGGGUCUCAGCGUGUUCAUCCCUGAUUUCAACACACUCGUGGAUGACAGCCUGGCGUACUUUGCUCCUAUCAGGGAGCGACCAGAGCACCAGAGCAUACCCAAGUUCCUGUGUGGGGAGUCCAUGGGUGGCGCAGUGGCUCUGUGCAUCCAUCGCAAGCAGCCUGACCAAUGGGAUGGCGCCAUUUUCAUGGCUCCCAUGUGCAAGAUUUCAGCCAAGGUGCGGCCUCCAGCCAUCCUAGUGCAGCUGGUGCAGGGCCUGGCGUAUGUGCUGCCCACAUGGCAGAUAGUUCCGUCUGCUGAUAUUGUCACCUCCUCCAUUCGCGACCCAGAGAAGCUUAAGAAGAUAGCAGCAAGCCCCUACACCUACCGUGCUCGACCACGCAUGCGAACAGCUCUCACCAUGCUGCAUGCCAGCCAAGACGCAGAGCGCACCCUGGACCAGGUCUCCCUGCCCUUCCUUCUGCUGCAUGGGGAUGCUGACAUCGUCACCGAGCUGGAGGGCAGUCAGGCUUUGUAUGACAAGGCGAGGAGUGAGGACAAGACAUUUAAAGUUUACAAGGACGCGUGGCACUUGCUGACGGAGGGAGAGCCGGAGGAGACUGCUGAGGAGGUGCUGAGGGAUAUGAUUGGCUGGCUGGACGAGAGGAGUCAACGCAAGUCAACAAGUGAACAAGCCAAAGCGUAGAGGGCAGGUAGGUUCAGUGCAUGAUGUGUCGCGGACUCCCUCCCUGCCCUUCCUGCUGCUGCAUGGGGAUGCUGACAUCGUCACUGAGGAAUUCAAGAGGAGGAGUCAGGCUUUGUACGACAAGGCGAGGAGUGAGGACAAGGCGUUGAGGUUGUACAAGGAUGUGUGGCACUUCCUCACCGAGGGAGAGCCGGAGGAGACUGCUGAGGUUGUGUUGAAGGAUAUGAUUCGCUGGCUGGACGAGAGGAGUCAACGCAAGUUAAGUGAGUCAACAAGCCAAGGCGUUGAGGCAGAGGAGGAGCUGUUCAAGUGAAAGAAUAACUAGAACAAGGCAUACAAGGGAAUAUAACCUAAUGGGUUUUACUCCCUAAGGCACAACCCUAUAUAAUCUAAAAAAACAUACAAUAUAUGUUUGACAGGAGCCUGUUAAGGAGGUGCUGAGGAGGGGUAUGACUGGCUGGCUGAAAAAAGAAGUCAACGCAAGUCAAUGAACAGGGUGUGCCUCUGCCACAAAGGUGCGGAUUGAUUGUCGGCCACUGUUGUGGAGUUUGUUUGCAAACAAACAAAAUUGUGCCUUAUUAGUUCCGGAGAAGGUUGCUCAAUACACAAUGUUCCUUGCGUUUCUAAAAGAUUCAUGGUAGGUACUGUAAGGGAGACCCAAGGUGCAGGGUCUCAGAUUUCAGGCGAAAUCGGUC